GCACCGUUCGGACCGUUUUCCAGCAAUUUUAGCUCCGGCUUGUGAUGCUCAUGGCUGAGGGCAUUGUGGAUACUCAGGCUUUCGUGGAGGCGCUGAUGACUAUGCCUCGAGAGCAAGCUGUGGCGGUGUUGGGGGAACUCCUCCGAAAUCGUCCGACCUUGGCACCGUCAAUCGUUGGCUUCGCAUGUCCUGAUUUAACCUAUGCGCCAGCACGAGGGAUGACAGAGAAGCGAGCCAUGGGUACACUGAAGUCGUUUUCCGCCAAGACGGGCUUCGGUUUUAUCGCUUGCCCAGAGCUUCACGAGGUCUUUGGGGCAGAUGUCUUUGUGCACAUCAAGCAGAUGGGACCCUUUGCUUCUGUCUUGACACCAGGGACAGCCGUCACGUUCGCAGUGGUUAUCGGCAAGGAGAACAAGCCGCAAGCGUACGAUGUUCAGCCUAUGGACGGAGUCUUGGCAGAGAGCAUUAUCCAAAGUGUCGGCGAGACCAUGCAGGACAUGUCGAUGGGCCCAAUGGCCCCGAUGGCCCCCAUGGCCCCGAUGGGCCCCAUGGCCCCGAUGGGCCCCAUGGCAUUUGCCGCACCUGGCCUGGCCGCGGGACCUUUCGUGCCUCCCUAUGGGGACUUCCAAGGUGUACCUCCUGGCGGUAUUCCACAACCGGGCCCCCCGAGUGGCACGGGUGGUGCCAAGCGAAAGUGGGACGAUCCUUCAGCUGAGCUGGGACGCUAUCGCGGAGUGGUGAAGAGCUUCAACGGCACCAAGGGCUUUGGCUUCAUCAUCUGUGAGGAGCUUCAGCAGCAGGGCUUUCCGCAGGACGUCUUCUUGGGCCAAGCGCAGGCGCCACCCACGUGUCAGGCUGGCGCCAAUGUGAACUUCACGGCCUUUCUCAACGAGAGGAGCCAACCUCAAGCCAAGAAUGUGGAGAUCAUCUGAGUGGGGGAGCUCUUGCUGAUCCAAAUUUCAAGACGACUGAUCGUGUGGAGACAUGAGGUGUCCCCAAAACGGAACCAAAAUAGUCUGAACAAGGGAGUCAUUGAUCCCUGCAUUCAUCGAAUUUCCUUAUUCCAUUUCUUUGCUGGCAAUCUUGUCUGGACUGACUGGAGCCAAGACGGCUUCAUCAAUGAAUCGACACGUGCUGAUUCCAAGUUUGGGUAGAUUUGUUGACGUCC